AUGUGGAAUAUAAGGCUCUUAGACAAACCGUUCAAUGCAAAGGUGGCUUAUGAUGGCCACCCAACAUUAUUUACCAUCAAGCUAUACCAUGGAGGUGAGUUCACCAAGUUUCUUGAUGUUCAAUACAUUGACGGAAGUGUGAACUAUGUUGGCAUGGUGGAUAUAGAUACAUUUUCAGUUCAUGAGUUGGAUGUUAUCAUGAAAAGGUUCAGGUACGGUGUUCCUCCUGUGAUUUACUAUCACUUCCUUGUGCCUGGUGGAGACUUCCACUUUGGUCUUAAACCCUUAGGCAGUGAUGAUGAUUUACGAACUUUUCCCUAA